CUCAACUGCGAGCUAACCAAGGCUGUGACCCCCGCGCUCUCACUGACAGUGUGGGCCCACCUCGUCCUCCGGUCAAGCCUCCGCGUCGACGUGUCGCGCCGCCGCGCGCCAUGGCCGGCGGCGUGCUGGCCACGGUGCGGUGGGCGACGGCGUGCGCGGCGGUGCUGAACGCGGCCGCGGCGUCCACCGGGGGGGCGGUGGCGGCGCUCGCCCUCCGCGGCGGCGGGGGAUGCGGAGGGGCGCUCGGCCCGGCCGCCGCAGCCGCGUCCGCGGCGUCGGCGGCGAGGCUCGUCGCGUCCGCGGUGGCCGGGUUCGCGCAGGGCGCCGCCGCGGCCGCCAUUGCCGCGGGGGCCAUCGGGGCGCACGUCGACAGCGACCGCGACCUCCGCCACCUCUCGCGGCUGCGGUACAAGAGAUGGCUUUGGUGGACAAGGUUUGGGGUGGUCAUUACUGUGCUGCAGUUUGUUUUAGCACUUUGUUUGUUGUGUAUUAUAGUGAAGGAUUUCUCUGCUGGGAGAUCUUCAAAACAGUGCUUGUCAGGACAUGACCAAGACAACAGUAACUGGAAGCACACUCUGUUAAUAAGUUUUAUCGUCAUCAUGUGGGUGGCAACUAUAGUUCAAUGUUCUACUGGUUCUGAUGUAUUAAGGUGGAGGUCAUUCUAUGCUUCCCAUGAUAUUGCGUGGAGGGCACACUAUAGAGAGGUGUUUGAUCAUGGUAUCCGAGAAGUUUUAUGCUGUCUAGGGCGGGUUAAGUAUUCGAGUGUAUUAGAAGAAGAUGAUAUAUGUGUUGUGGCAAAAUUAUUGGGUGAUCUUAUGGCUUAUCGCGCAUCUGGAACUGGCCACCUUGAGCUUAUAGCAGGGUUUUCAUUGUUGCAGAAAUUUAAGUCAUCCGCAGUUGUUUCAAAAGAACAAGCAGAGGCUCCUCAGGAUCUCAUUAAAGAGGCUGUUCUCUUUCAUCCAUUUGCUGAAGCUGCCUAUACAGGACCACUUCUUGAUUUUGGAAGGAAUCCUUUUAUGUUUCCAUGUGUUUGGCUCAAUCGGCAGGGUGUUAUGACACCAUGGACCCGUGCUAGGCGACCAGUUCUUGAAGGCGAUAAUUGGUGGCGAGGGCAUGCAGCUGCUUUCCUAAAAUAUGUCAGUGUACCCCCGGAAGUUCUUAUAAAAGGCCGUGUUAGCCAGGCAAGACGUGAGGCUGCCUAUUUUGUUGUUGUCCUGCACGAUUUGAAAACGUUAGUCAUUGCCAUCCGCGGAACUGAGACUCCUGAAGAUGUUAUAACUGAUGGCUUGUGUAGGGAAUGCUCUCUUACGGUGGAUGACUUGGAUGGGCUGAUCAAUUCUGAUCAGUUACCCCUACAAGUUAAGGAUGCUGUCAUCUCAUCCUUUCCACACCAUGGACAUGCUGGAAUGGUUGAAUCAGCUCGAGAACUGUACGCUAAGCUUGAAGGGCUGCCCAUCCAUCAAGAUAAACCAGAUGCAGUGCCAGCUGGAUUCUUAUCUUCUUUGCUCGGCGCUGGAUGUGAGUGCCAUGGAUACAAUAUUGAAAUCGUUGGGCAUUCUUUAGGAGGUUCUGUAGCUGCACUUCUUGGUAUCAGACUGUAUGGACGCUUUCCAAAAUUACAUGUAUAUGCAUAUGGAGCAGCACCAUGUGUGGACUAUGUGAUCGCAGAAGCAUGUUCACAGUUUGUUACCAGUAUUGUCCACAAUGAUGAAUUUUCUGCCCGGUUAUCCAUGAAUUCAAUAAUUAGAUUACGUGCUGCUGCUGUGAGAGCUCUCUCAAAGGAUGCUUUGCCGAAUUCCGCCAAAGUUGGAAAACUAGUUGCUGGGAUCGUGAGGACGAAGGGAUACAAUCGAAAUGUUGCAGAUCAUCGUCAGUCUACUGGUGCUCUUCAGAUAGUCAAUGAGGCAAAGCUAAGAAAUGAUCAAAUCCACGGAAAUAAUCUAAUGCACACAAUUAGAGGUGGUGUAUUCCUCCUUGGUAAAGCGAUAUCUUGCUUGGUAAAUACUCCAAAAUAUCGAGUGAGCUCCACAGCAGCAAUCAACUAUGAGUUGGGGAGCAGAUCUAGAAUGAAUAUUCUUGGUGAUAGAGGGAACUGCAUGGCUGCUUCCUGCAGUGUUCUGGAUGUUCCUCAUUUUGGAGAACCUAGUAAUGCAUGCGGAAAUGGGAAGUCUUCUGAAGAUGAUCUGAAUGAAUGUAGCAGGGAAUACAGGCUACCUCAUUCAAAUGAUGGCACAAAACUCUCGAUUGAUCCUAAUGAUCUGCGUACAAUAAGUUUGCCUGAAGGACAAUCACCGGAGGUGUAUCUGCCUGGUCUCGUUAUUCAUCUUGUUCCAGUAAAGAAUCAUACCUCUCCAUUUCAGAAGACACCUGUGACUCGACACAAGAGUCGCAAGAACAAGAGUUACAAAGCAUUUAUAGCCAAUCGACAAGAUUUUAUGGACCUUGUUGUUACACCUCGUAUGUUCCUUGAUCAUCUUCCAUGGAGGUGCCACUAUGCCAUGCAAAGGGUUAUAGAAACUCGGAAAAGGGCAUGCUAAUUCAUGAUUCGUCCACCAGAGAUGAUACUGUGUGAAGUUAAUUUUGCAACUCUCCUUAAUUCUUGUAGAUAAGUUCAGGAUGUUAGGAUCAUCUGCUUCUUGCAGGAGGUUGGCUGCAUAUACAGUGUUGACUGUAUUACUGUAACUGUAAGUAGAACAGUUCAGAGCUGAAGGGUGUUGCCAAUGUGAAAAACAUCACUUGGACCUUAGCAUUUGUUGUACUAGGAGUAUCUAGCUUUACAUAGGCUUGCUCUGAGGUCAAAGUAGAGUACAGCAUGCCACUAUUAUUUAUGAAACCUUUGGUAGUGAGUAAUUAUAUUAGUCUGUAGCAUCAAAUUUUGCUGCAAUGUUGUUGUAACUCUAGUGUUCACACAUUACAUGUAAUUGUCUGAACAAUCAUGUACCAUGUACUCCUACUUGCUGAAUAAAGAAACUAGUUUCUGCAGCGAAGAAAA